GCACGACGUCACGGAGUCAACUGUCACAAGUUCCUAAAUUCCUGGCCCGAAUUCCAGGUACUCUCUUAUCACCCGAUCGUCCCAACCGCGAUAUCGGCAUAAUCGGCCACAAAUCAAUCAUUUGGGCUUAUCUGUCGCCGCUUCCAGUGGCUGUCUUUCGCGGGCAACCCUUUCAGUUCAGUUUUCGGGCCACUCGGAAGCUACCACAGCUACCACGGUUUUCGGUGAAAGGUUGAGGGAACCAUGUCAGACACUUGGAUCCAGAAAUAAAUGGCCGCGGGACGCAGGAAACGCUUCCGUCUGAGGUGCCCGGAAAUAGAAAGCCGCUAGAAUGGACAAGCGAUCGCUGUGCCUGCUGGUCAUCUGCAUCAAAAUGUGCCUGGUCAUCUGGCUGGUCAGCUGGCAGCAGCCGGCGAUGCUCGAGUCGGAGAUGAUAGCCGAGGCAGCUGCCCUCGGCGGAGGUGGCAGUAGAGGUGGCACUUCUCCGCCACCGCCACCGCCACCGCCGCCGGCGAGAAGAGGACUCAGGAGUGGCAGUGGAACCGGGAUCGCGAUCGGGAGCAAUCCAAACCAAAUAACCCAGCCUAGUCGCACCCACUUUAGCUUUAACGAUAGCAUAGUUAGCAACACAUUCGAGCGGCCGGUGACGCCCCCGCCACUGGCCUCGCAAACGCCAACGCCCCCCCAGAGCAGCAUGCAGCUGAUGGAUCUGUCCAACUUCGUCUACACCAUUGACCAGGAGCCGUGCGAGCCGAGAGUCCAGGUCCUGGUGCUGGUCCACUCGGCGAUCCCAAACUUCGAGAAGCGACGCGUCAUCCGGCACACGUGGGCGGAGCGCAGCUACAUCGAGCGGACGCCCCUGCGGGUGAUCUUCCUGCUGGGCGGCGUGGGAGACGGGGCCGAGAACUGGCAGCACCUGGUGGAGCGGGAGAACAGCCUGCACGGAGACCUCGUGCAGGGCAACUUCGACGACGCCUACCGGAACAUGACCUACAAGCAUGUGAUGGCGCUCAAGUGGUUCACCGAAAACUGCCCCCAGGCCCAGCUGAUGGUGAAGGUGGACGACGACGUGUACAUCAACACGCCCCAGCUGGUCAAGUACUUUACGGAUCCUGAACUCCCGGAGCACGCCCUCCUCCAUCAGCCGGAUCUCCUGCUCUGCCGGCCCGUGAAGAAGUCCAGGGUCAAGCGUACAUAUCGCUCCAAGUGGAGGGUGACCUACAAGGAGUACCCCCACCGCUUCUAUCCGCCCUACUGCCCCGGCCUGGCCAUUGUCUACUCGCCGGAGGUGGUGCGCCGGCUGUUCGGGGCGGCCCAGAAGGCCAACUACUUCUGGGUGGACGACGUCCUCAUCACCGGCAUCCUCACCGAGGCCACUGGCACGAAGAUCACCAAGCUGACCCACUACCUGGAGCAGUACGGUGUGCGCCAGCUGCUCAAGGGGGAGACUGAGCUGGAGAAGCCGGCAUUCCUCUUCACCACUGACGGCAUCCGGCCGGACGAGAGCCUAGCCAUCUGGCAGAUGACGGUGGAUAGCAACUUUACCCUGACCACUCCAUCCUCUGCAUCCACAUCUGCAUCCGCAUCCGCAUCCGCAUCCUUAGCUUCCGCAUUGGGAAACAGUGCUAAUACUUCGAGGUCGCAGACGAGCCGGGGCAUCAGCUAGUUUGACUGGCGACCACAUCUGAGAUACGUUUAGUUUAUUUGGCUGUUCAGUUUUAGGGUUUCGUUAAGCUUAGGUUCUACUUUGUAGCUAUCCGUAAUGUAAUCCGUAACUGAUUAAUCUUAGGUAGCAUUUUUGAACAUGAACAUGAGAACAGAAGGAACAUUGCGAGUCAAGGGAACCACCAACCACCUGCCUACAAUCAUUCGUAUCAUAUGAACGGUAACUAACCUUAACCUAAGGACUAUAAGGAUAUGUACAUCAAAUGCGAGUCGCUCACCAAGAACACAAACACAAACAGAAACAGAAACACAGAAUACACCCACUCAAGCGUCCUAACCUUAAGCACAACUCUAAUAGCAUAAGACAUCUACAGAAGUACUUAAAGAGAUCUUAAUGAGAAAUAAAUCCAACCUAGAGAAAUAGAAAGUUAAGUAGAAUGAAGGGAAGCUGAACUCGAGUAUACUGGAAAUAACCAAACCAAAUAUUGAAUUCGAUAUAGGAACACCCGCAUGACAACGGACGAACCGAGAGGGUAGAUAUUAACAAAAAAUAUACAUACGUAGGGACAAAAAAAAGAAUGCUGUUUUACGGCAAAGUUAUACGAUGGAUGCUUAAAUUUGUAAUUUGUAAUUUUUUUGUAUUGUGUGUCCAAUAGAAAACUUGUAUUUUUUAGCUAUCCAUUACUCCUUUUUUAUUCUCGUAAUUCCCCGUGGAGAACAAAGCCAAUCUAUAAAUUUAAAUCUAAAAUUGCAUAUUCAUACAUUUAUACGGAUACAUUUAAAAUAAAUUAAAAACAAAAAAUA